GGGCUUCCCGGGCGCGCUGCUGAGGAUGCUCGACUUCGACGGAGACGAGUCGGAGAGGAGAGUGCGGUCGCUCGAGGUGGUGGUCAGGGUUUUGGGAAUGGUGUUGGGCAGGCUCGAGGAGCGCGGGAGCUUCGCGAGCGCGGUGGUCAAGAGCGAUCGCCGCCGCGUGGAUUCGAUUCUCAUGGUGAUCGAGCGGGGGAGGUCGGAGUCGAAGGUCGCGGCGGUCAGGGUCCUCGAAUCGGCCGCCGUCGACGCCGAGACGAAGCUCGCGAUGGCGGAGUGCGAGCAGCUCCUCCUCCGGCUGCUGAACCUGGUCGCUCCGGCGACCGAUCCCGCGCUGCUCGAGGCGAGCCUCUCGUGCCUCGUCCAAAUAUCGGUGUCGAAGCGCGCGAAGACCAGGCUGGUGGCGCUGCGAUCGAUCAGGCGGCUCGGGCAGCUGCUCGCCUCGCCGGGCGCGACCGUCCCGGUGACGGAGAAGGCGCUGAAGCUGCUGGAGGUGGCGUCCUCCGUGAAGGAAGGGCGGGCGGCGCUGUGCGGGGACGCGGCGUGCCUGGGGGCCGUGCUGCAGAAGGUGUUCAAGGUGUCGGGGGCGGCGACGGAGCACGCGGUGGCGACGCUGUGGAGCGUGUGCUGCCUGUUCGGGGACCAGAGGGCGCGGGAGGUGGUGGCGGAGUGCAACGGGGUGGCCAAGAUGCUGCUGCUGAUGCAGAGCAACUGCCCGGUGCCGGUGCGGCAGAUGGCCGGCGACCUGCUCCGGACCUGCAAGGUGAGCUCCUCCAGGCCGCCGUGCUUGUCUAGCUACGAUACCAAGACGACCCACAUCAUGCCCUUCUGAUCUUUUUGGCGAGAGCGGCGGUUGAAACCAGCCGUCGAAAUCGAGCCAUGAACAGUGUGAUCGACUGUGUAAUGCGUGUAAAAAAAAAAAAAUCCAAAGGGUGGAAAUUUUUGGUAGUGAAUACAAGAGGCAAAAGAUUCAUUCGAUUUUGUCUA